ACGAAAUAUUUCCUUCUUCUCUACACAGCACACAAUCCGUUCACCUACUUUUGCAUGAAUUGACGAUUCACUGUUCAUUAUACUCUACCAGAUCCAAUACCAGGAUCCUAAUACUCUAAUCCUCUCCUUUUUCUACACAAACACCGUAUCGUUUCUCAUCCCGGGAAAGCAACCAAAAUGGCCGCCGAACCCGAUUUCAACGACCUCGUCCACGACGCUAUAAACGACUUCUUCAGUCAAAUCUUUGGCGUCGCCCAAGCCGGUUUCACCCGCUUCACUACAAACUUCUACAACUCCUUCGCGCAAGUCUCCUCCACGCGCUGGACAAAAGUCAUCGGCUCUGUGGUCUUCUACAUUAUUAUCCGGCCCUACAUCGAGCGCUUCUUCCGCUGGUCGAGUGAUCGCGAGCGCAAGAACCGUGAGGAGAAGGAGAAGAAGCAGGCUGAGGCAACGGGGUAUAGUGAGGGGAAGAAGGCGAAGGUUUCUGCGAAUAGUUUGCGGAGUGGGAAGCCUGCUGCUGCUGAGAGUGAGAGCGGGAAGGUAUUGGGGGAGGUGGAGAAUACGGAUGAUGAGGUUGAUGAUGAGGAGGAAGGGGAAGCGGUUCGAUUUGCCAGGGAGAGUGGGGUGCCUGAGUGGGGGAAGAAUGUGCGCAGGAGGCAGAAGAAGCAGCCCAGUCAUAAUCUGACUGAGGAGCAGCUGUUGGAGAUGUUGGAUUGGAGUGAUGAGGAGGGUCAAAGUGAGAAGAAGGAGUAAAAUUUUUUUCUUCAUUCGUUGUCUAUUUGUCCUCCGGCUGCGACGCGUGCAGACUUUUCGGUCAUCCGUCCAUGUUUUGAUCACUGGGUCUUGCUUUUCUUCGAUAUGCUAGUCAUUGACUUGUAAUUUUCUGUGCGAUGUGCGCGGAAUCUAAUAGUGGACGCAUGUACUGUACUACUGAUAGAACUUAAUUAAACAAUAAUGAACGUCAUAUUAUCCCAA